UCAGGUGAAUAAUAUUUAAUGGUGACACUAGGAUACCCACAGAUUGUUAAACAACAGCUAACUACUGACAGCAGGGGGCAGUGUAGGUCUGUUUCACCGUGGGAGUCUCCUGUACACUGACGUACUUCCGCCCAAACUUCACAAUCCAGUGGAAUUUGGGAGAGCGACAACACAUUUCAAUUUGUGAUCCUUGUGUCCAUACUGCAGCCUGCAAUCUCUGCAUCUUGGGGUUCGUCACCACCAAUACUUGACAGAAUACUCCAGCCAAAUACGAACCCCGCGGAGAUUUCGACGGCGGAGAGGCUUGACAGGAUUCUGGCGCUGAUGGCUAAAUUGAGGAAAAGUUCGGCCUCAUUUCAAGCCCUCUCCCACCCAUCCCUGUCGUCUGUGGGCCUAUCUGGGGACGUCUUGGAUCUGUCCCCUGAGGGGGCGGGGCUAUGAGUAGCUGUGCAGCUGGGGAGGCACAGCUACUUCUCACCCCAGUAGAUCUGCAACAGACGGCGCCAUCCUCUUCGGUGGGCCAGCAGACGGCGCCAUCCUCUUCGGUGGGUCAGCAGAUGGCGCCAUCAACUCCGGUGGGCCAGCAGACGGCGCCUUCAACUCCGGUGGGCCUGCAGACGGCGCCAUCAACUCCAGUGGGCCUGCAGACGGCGCCAUCAACUCCGGUGGGCCUUCAGACGGCGCCAUCAACUCCGGUGGGCCUGCAGACGCCACCAUCAACUUUGGUGGGCCUGCAGACGCCACCAUCAACCUGGCCACACCUGGUGUCAAUCAGCUGGCUGCUAUUUAGACCUGCAUUGCCCUCCAGUCAGUGCUGGAGUAUUGUUGCUGUAUGCUGUGGACUACUAGCUGUAUGCUACUAGCUGUAAGCUGUGGACUGCUUGCUGUCUCCAGUUCUCCCUGGUUCCUCGUCUCUUGUGAGCUGUUCCCUGGUUCCUGAUUCUUGUUCCUGUUUGCUGUCUCCUG